CCUCCUCGUGGCCAUCCCCCCGUGGUUCCCUGGUGUGGGACGCUGGUGUUGCCCCCGCCCUGGUGCGUAACGGGGUCCGUCUGCGCGGGAACCGCCUGGUGGUUCCCCGGGACGGGCUCUACUUCGUCUACGCCGCCGCCGCCUUCCAGGGGGGCCGCUGCCCCCCCCGGGCCCCCCCCCGGGCCCUGCGCUUGGCCGUGUCCCGCCUGUCCCACGAGUACCCCCGGGACGUGCCCCUGCUCCGCGCCGCACGCUCCGUCUGCGCCGGGG